AUGGGGCGGGGUGAACGCCUCGCGCCUCGGCAAGUUGAGGCGCGCAGGGCAGAGCUCCGGCAAGAGGUAAUUGCGGAAUGGGAGCAGCGACUUGCGCAACCCACGGCAGGGCACGCCACUAUCGCAGCGGUAAGGCCCAUCCUAAAGGAGUGGCUGGAGAGACGCCACGGCGCCCUCAGCUUCCGGCUGACGCAGGUUCUUACCGGACACGGGUGUUUCGGAAAGUUCCUGUGUCGCAUAGGCCGGGAGCCUACGCCCGAAUGCCACCACUGUGGCAUCUGCAGCGAGGACUCCUCGCUGCACACGUUGGUGGAGUGCCCAGCAUGGGCAACGCAGCGCCGUGACCUGGCAGCAGCAGUAGAUGCUGCGGGUAGUCUUUCGCUGCCGGCUGUCGUGUCCUACAUGGUCGGCAGCGAAGAAGGGUGGAACGCCGUCGCCUCCUUUUGCGAGGAUGUGAUGGUCGCAAAGGAGAAGGCGGAAAGGGAGAGGGAAACUAGUACCACUCUCCCCGCCCGCAGUAGACGUAGUGGGCGUCGCAGGGUGGCCGAUCUCCGGCCACCAUAG